AUGCCGCAGGAUAUGCCCCCCGUUGGGGGCUACGGCCCUGUGCAAUACAAGGACUUCACGACGCGCGUACUGUUCGGACGUCGUCCUCUCCACUACCCUAAGCCAACCACUUCGAUCCCGAUCCGCCGGGAAUGCCCUCAGAGCAGAGAGCAGCUAGGCGACCGGAAGGAUGAGAGCUGGGCAAAACGAGACUAUGAUACUGGACUGUGGAGCGAGGCUAAUGGCCACUUUCAACAGCGCAAUCUUCCCGCAAGCGGAUUCCGUCCAGCGACACUGCUCGUUGGAAUGGGUGCCGUCAUGGUUUACGGGUUCUACAAGCUGGGCCAAGGUAUCAAGGAGCAGAAUGAGCUUGCCCGGGAAAAGAUGUGGUCCCGCAUUCACCUGAUUCCCCUGCUACAAGCCGAAGAAGACCGCGAUCUCGUUCGAAGACAUUUGGCAGACCAGGCGAGAGAGAAGGAGCUGAUGGGCGAGAACUUCAAGGUCUACAACUCCGACAGAUACGUGAGACCGACAUACGCUGUUACGCCGACCAACACAACGAAAUAG